GUUAAAUUGCAAAUUUAAUCUAACGGUGAUUUGGUGGAAGUAUUCGCGACAUUGGGAGAAGUUUCAGCUCAAAUUUUGGUAUAAAAGUUGGCUGACAGAACCAUUUUUCAGCAUUCAGUCAAAAUGGCUCUUCUAGCAAGAGUAUUCGUAUUCGCAUUGCUUGUCCUUGCAAUUCACGGCGUCUCUGUUCCUGAGAAAGUGGAAAAAUCAGGGAAUCCGAGAUUUGAGGCACUACGGCGUGUGGCUCGGCAAUUUUUCCGUGAUUUUGCUGGCCCUCCCGGACCACCAGGCCCACCUGGACCACCAGGGCUACCAGGCAAUUCAGGACCUGAAGGACCAUCUGGAAGGCCUGGAGAGACGGGACGUCCAGGUGAACCUGGUCCAGCAGGAAAAUAUGGCCAUCCCGGACGGCAAGGUGCUGAUGGUGAACGUGGACCUCCGGGUCCUGUCGGUGCAGCGGGUCAACAAGGUCCUCAAGGGCCGCCAGGUUUACCAGGAAGGGACGGAGCAGCAGGCUCGCCGGGACCGAAAGGAGAUGCAGGAGCAGCCGGGCAGCCAGGAGCCCCAGGACCGAGAGGAUUUCCAGGACCCCGCGGUAUUCCAGGACGACCAGGUCUUCCCGGACCUACUGGAGCCCCAGGUCCUGCAGGACCAGCUGGACCGGCUGGACCAAUGGGUUAAGCUACCUCUAAUAGAAAUAUCUCCAUCAUAACACUCUCUCCAUCAU